CCCCUACAGACUGUGUCCUGAUCUCAGAAGCCCAGUGCACCAUGCUUCCCUAUAACCAGACGUCUCAGUCACCGGGGCUAGCGGUGGUGAGGGCCUCGGAGGUUGACAUGUUUCUCAAGUUCUUUUCCUAUUUACACCGGCUCGGCUGCUACAGACACAUCAUGCUGUUUGGCUGCACGCUUGCUCUACCAGAAUGCAUCACUCCACACCACGGACAACCCAGACGUGUCGUCCUACCCUGUCAGUCGUUCUGUGAGUCGGCCAGAGAGGGCUGUGGACCUGUCCUCCAGCUGUUCAAUGCAUCAUGGCCUGACUUCCUGCGAUGCUCCCAGUUCACCAACAACACUUCCGGGUUGUCAGGGUUGUCGUCCAUGGCAAUGCAAGCCGAGUCGGGGGUCAGCCCAGGUACAGGGGUUAACUCCGCACUCCUCAGCCCCAACUCCAUCCCUUCUAGCUGCUACUCUCCCAGACAGGUCAAAGGCAAACCAUCUGUCUGUGGAGGACACGACCACUUCCUGUGUGUGACUGGACUAUGUAUCCCCAGGAAACUUGUUUGUAACGGAUAUAACGACUGUGAUGACUGGAGUGAUGAGGCAGAGUGCGAGUGUGGAGAAGAGGAGUUUAGGUGUGGGACGGGACGCUGUGUGUCCCCCUCUAUGGUGUGUGAUGGAUACGAUGACUGUGGAGAUCUCAGCGACGAACACAGCUGUGUGUGUGACCCAGUCAGGGAACACCGCUGUGAGGAUGGGAGAUGUGUUACCAGGGACUGGGUGUGUGAUGGAGAUCAUGACUGUCUGGACAAGAGCGACGAACUAAACUGCUCCUGUAAAUCCCAGGGUCUGAUGGAAUGUAGGAAUGGUCUGUGUGUUCCUAGUGCCUUCAGAUGUGACGGAGAGGAUGACUGCAAGGAUGGCAGUGAUGAGGAAAACUGUACUCAACUACAUAUUCAGGGUGCGUGUCCUCCUGGCCAGCCCAGCUGUCCCUCUACUCCCAGCACCUGUGAUGCCCGUAACAACUGCAGUCAUUGUGAGCCCAUUACUUUAGAGCUGUGUAUGAACUUGCCAUACAACAGCACCACCUACCCUAACUACCUUGGCCACGCGACCCAGAGCGAGAGCUCUGUCUCCUGGGAGUCUUCUCUGUUCCCAGCCCUGGUUCAGACCAACUGUUAUAAAUACCUCAUGUUCUUCGCCUGUACCAUGUUGGUCCCCAAGUGUGACUCACACACACACCAGAGGGUGCCCCCCUGCAGGUCAUUGUGUCGGAGCUCUAAGGAGCGCUGUGAGUCUGUGCUGGGUAUUGUGGGUCUUCAAUGGCCGGAGGACACAGACUGUAACCAGUUCCCCGAAGACGGACCCACCUGUCUACUACCUGACCCGGAUAGUGAUGAGUGUUCUCCCAGUCACUUCAAAUGUCGGUCCGGGAGGUGUGUCCUGUCCGCUAAGCGCUGUGAUGGACACAUGGACUGUGACGAUGACAGUGACGAAGACAACUGUGGUUGUGUGGAGCGAGGUCUGUGGGAGUGCCCAGGUACCAGGCUGUGUAUUAAACACUCUAUGAUCUGUGACGGCUUCCCAGACUGCCCUCUACUGGAAGAUGAGAACAACUGCUCUGUUUGCAAGGACAACGAGCUGGCCUGUAUCAACCACCAGUGUGUUCACCGGACUCUGUGGUGUGAUGGGACAAAACACUGUUCAGACAGCUCUGAUGAGUUGGACUGUGUCUCUCUGUCGGAGGGGUCGGUAGUGACCGUCUUCAGGACAGCAGUAGAUUACCAUGUCUGUGGGGAUGACUGGACGAUGGACCUCAGUCAACUGACCUGCUCUCAGCUCGGCCUAGGAGCCCCAGCAUCAGUAAUUCUGGUUCCAGACCCUCCCAGUGUUCCAGGGAGGAGGAGGUGGCUUCAUGUUCACCCUGACUGGAGACAGAGGAACGGCUCGGCUCUACAGGGCCUACUGGAAAAGAGAGGACAUGCCUGUUUCUCCAGGAAGAGAGUGUCUCUACACUGCACCAAAGAAGACUGUGGCCUGCGCCCGGCCGUGCGUCUGUAUAAGCGUAUUCUGGGUGGCAGGGUGUCCAGGCCAGGGAGGUGGCCUUGGCAGUGUUCUCUCCAAUCAGAUCCUAGUGGACAUAUCUGUGGUUGCGUCCUCAUUGGGAAGAAAUGGGCCCUUACUGUCGCUCACUGCUUUGAAGGACGUGAGAGUGCAGACCUAUGGAAGGUAGUCCUGGGCAUCAACAACCUGGACCACCCGUCCCCCUACCUACAGACCAGAGGUGUAGAGUCCAUCAUUGUUCACCCUCGCUAUAACCGGGCCGUGGUGGACUAUGACAUCAGCGUGGUUGAGCUGGACAGGGAGGUGGAGGUUACCAGUUACGUUCGACCGGUGUGUCUUCCCGGUAACGGACAGUUACCGCAGCCUGAUACCUACUGUUAUAUUACUGGAUGGGGUCACAUGGGUAACAGGAUGCCCUUCAAACUCCAGGAGGGAGAAGUAAGGAUCAUCAGUCUGUCUCAGUGUCAGAGUUACUUUGAUAUGAAGACCAUCACCACCAGGAUGCUGUGUGCUGGAUACGAGGCUGGCACUGUGGACUCUUGCAUGGGUGACAGUGGUGGUCCUCUGGUGUGUGAGGAGCCUAGUGGUGGGAGAUGGACCCUGUAUGGCCUGACGUCCUGGGGUAGUGUGUGUUUCUCCAAAGUCCUGGGUCCUGGGGUCUACUCUAAUGUUACACACUUCACACCCUGGAUACAACGACAGAUCUACCUCCACACCUUCCAUCUACACUGAUACAGACAAACCUCCACACCUUCCAUCUACACUGAUACAGACAAACCUCCACACCUUCCAUCUACACUGAUA